AUGCCCGACUGGAUGUCCACGUUCCCAGGAUAUCAACAGAUCCUGGAGAAUUGUACUUCAUUAUUUGCUAGUGUUGUACGCACAGGACCCGUUCCUCAGCAUAUUGGGUUUAUUAUGGAUGGAAACAGGAGAUAUGCUCGUAUUAACCAAAUCGAAGUGAAAGAGGGCCAUAAUGCUGGAUUUGAAAGUCUCGCAAGGUUACUUCAAGUGUGUUACAAAUGUGGGGUCAAGUCUGCAACGAUAUUUGCCUUUUCGAUAGAAAACUAUAAACGGAAUUCAUUCGAGGUUGAUUGGUUAAUGGAACUAGCCAAGAUGAGAUUCGGUCAGAUGAUUGAAAAAGGUGACCUGUGUGAAAAAUAUGGGAUCAAGAUACGUACUCUUGGAGACAAAUCGUUGUUGCCUCGUGAUGUGGUGGAAUGUCUGGAGGAAGCAGAAAGAACUACAGCCAAUAACUCGAAAGCUGUGCUAAACGUUUGUUUCUCGUAUACAUCUAGACACGAAAUAACGACAACCAUAGUCAAUAUACUGGAGAACGUCAAGAAAGGACUCAUUGAGCCCGGUGAUAUCACCGAGGACAUGAUCACAAACAACCUGUACACAGGCGAUCAACCUCCUUUAGACUUGCUAAUCAGAAGUUCUGGAGUUCGUAGGAUCAGUGAUUUUCUGUUGUGGCAGUGUCAUCAAGAGCAUUGUGAUAUUGAGAUAAUAGACACAUUGUGGCCAGAGUUUGGUACAAUGCAAAUGUGUCUAUUGCUUUUAAAAUGGAGUUUCAAUAGAACUUAUGGUAGGAAAAAGUACAGAGGUAAGAAAGAGACCAAAAAAGAGAAAGAAAAAUCAACCUGA